UUGCGUAAAUUAUUGAGCAAUCUGUUUUUGCCUGUGAAAUCCACAGCUCGUUCUGUCUAUAAUAGUGUUUCAGUCUCCAGAUUCUACUCCUGCUUGGUAGUUCAGGGUAAUGAAGAUAAAAUGCACAUAAUAACCCAAAGCUGUGUCCUAUUUUUGUGGAUGCAUACACUGACUUUUGUGAAAAGUCAAGAUUGUACCCUUCAAUCAUUUUUAGAUGGUCCCCUAUAUGAUUCAAAUUUUGACAUAUCUGAUCUGGCGGCCAGCUACCCUGGUGGAAAACAAGUCAGAGUGAGCUGCAGUGUCGGCUACAGUGGUUUUUUCCGACUGAUCUGUGUCGAGGGAAAAUGGCAGCCUAGAGGCAAUAAAUGUCAACCAAAAUCAUGUGGUCAUCCCGGCGAUGCCCAGUUUGCAGAUUUUCAUCUAGAAAAGGGAGAAGACUUUGUCUUUGGGUCAAAAGUUGUAUACACCUGCCACAAAGGUUACCAAAUGGUCAGUCGCACAAACUACAUGCUUUGCAUGGCUGAAGGCUGGGAUGGGGUUGUUCCUGUUUGUGAAGCGCAACAAUGCCCAUUGAUUCAUGUGGACAAUAAUGUGCAGGUGAAUGGAGACCCUGAGGAAGCAACCUUUGGCAAUGUAGUUCGAUUUAGCUGCAAGUCCAAUACUGAAAUCCUGUCUGGUGCAACUGAGAUCUAUUGUGAUGAAAAUGGAGAUUGGAGCGACAAAGCUCCAAAAUGCAAAGCGAUACAAUGUUCAUCGCCCAAUAUUGAAAAUGGAUAUGUGCCUGGAAAUAUCCAAGUGUACAAAGAACACGAUAUCCUGCGUUUUGAGUGCAAUGAGAAAUUUAAAGCCACUGAAAGCAGACCUUCAAAAUGCAUAAAACUAGGACCAAAAGCAGAGUGGAGCCCCACACCUGUGUGUGAACCAAUAAGAUGCAAAUUGCCAUCAACGCCACUAGGAACCAGGUAUGAACCCCCUUACAGAAAUGUGUUUUCACCUGGUGACACAGUAAGAGUCAUUUGUGGAGAGAAGUAUGGGAUUUCUAACCAUCGAGACACCUCAGCAGUAACUACAUGCGAUGAUGAUGGAGAAUGGACUCUCAGACCAGUAUGCCUAGAGGUUAUAUGCAGCAAUCCACGAGAUAACCUUGUGUAUUACUGGUAUGACAAUUGGAGGCAACCAACAAAAUUGGAUGAGACUGUACGUUAUACGUGUAGGUCAGGCUACAGGAGUACAGAUGGCGCCACACGGGCCACAUGCACCAGAGAGGGGUGGAGACCAAAUCCACUUUGUCAAGAAAUAACAUGCAGCCGACUGGAGAUUGCAAAUGCAAUUCUCAACGAUGACAGGCAGAUAUACAAAAACUAUGAAAAGGUCAAUUAUGUCUGCGAGAAAGGUUAUCGGGGAAGUCCAACUCGAACCUGUCGGGAAAAUAGUUGGACAGGUGAUUCAAAAUGUACAGCAAUAACAUGCGAUAGAAAAACUUACCCGACUGCAGACAUUGAGGGAAACGUUAAGCCCGAAUACAGGUACAAUGACCAGGUCGAAUAUAUCUGCAAGAAUGGUUUAAAGGGACGUUUUACUCUAACCUGUUCGGAAAAUGGCUGGACCGGGUCUCCAGAGUGUGCAAAAUGCGAAAAGGCUAAUGUUGAACAUGGAUUUGUACUUGGCCCAUUUAAUGACACGGUGUACUACUCCUGUGAUAAAGGUUAUAAGCUUUUCACCAAAGGCUGGUGGAGUGAAGCCACAUGUAUUGACGGUUUUUGGUCUGGAUUUCAACGAUGCAUUGAUGAAAAAAAUUGUGGAGAAAUUCCUGUUAUUCCUAAUAGUGAAGUGCCACUUCAAGACAAUGAUUACCGAGAUGGCGAACACUUCCAGAUUAAAUGUAAGGAAGGAUACCGUGAUCAGGAUUUCUUAACAUGUCACAAUGGAAUUUGGCAGUCAGAACAACCACUCGAAACAAUCUGUGCACCUUAUGCCAGUCAUUGCAAUCCCCCACCUAAAGUUCAGAAUGCAGUUGUUGUGACUUCCUAUCAGAAGAAUUUCUUGUCUAACUCUGAAGUAACUUAUAAGUGUCAUGGGAAGUAUACAAUGGAGGGGGAGGAUACGAUUCGAUGCAUAGACGGGAAAUGGGAGACGAAGAAAUUUAACUGUACAGAAAUCACGUGUAAAGUUACCGACUCAAUGCCCCCUCAUCUCAAUGUAACUGGACUACCACAAAACAAAAUAAUGAAGAUUGGACAUAAAUUACACUUUGACUGUGAUGGUCAAUAUGGACUGGUCGGGUCUGAAGAAAUUGAAUGUUUACAAACUGGACAGUGGAAUGCCCCUUUUCCAACUUGUGCUGAAAUCACGUGUAAGUUUGACUCAAUGCCCCUCAUCUCAAUGUAACUGGACUACCACAAACAAAAUAAUGAAGAUUGGACAUAAAUUACACUUUGACUGUGAUGGUCAAUUGGACUGGUCGGGUCUGAAGAAAUUGAAUGUUUACAAACUGGACAGUGGAAUGCCCCUUUUCCAACUUGUGCUG